UCUCAAAAGAAAGCUAAAGAACUCCAAAUUUCUUCCUCCCCCGGGUGAUGGAUGAGACGAUAAAACCAUUGAGGAUUCCUCCUCAGAUGUCCGUCUAUGCUGACAAACACAAGGUCUUCCACCUGCUGCAGAGCAUGUUGUCCAGUCUGGUGAUUGAUCAGCCUAAAGAUCCAAUCAGUUACCUGAUCAAUCUGCUGCAAAGGAACAGCGCGGACAUUCCCAGAAUCAUAGUGCUUGGUCCUCCGGCUGUUGGGAAGCAUACAGUAGCCAAAAAUUUGAGUGCUGAGCUGAGAGCUGUUCAUGUUACCAUAGAAAGUUUACUGCAGGACCCGUCAGAGCUGAGUGCACAGGCCCGCCAAUACACACUCAGAGAGCAGGAGCUUCCUUGCGAGUUAGUAGUCCGAAUGAUUCAACAGAGACUGGAUAAUGUGGACUGCUUCAAAAGGGGCUGGGUGCUGGAGGGAAUCCCUCAGACUCAACUGCAGGCUCUGAGUCUUCAGCAGGUCGGAAUUAUCCCUGAGCAUGUUGUGAUGUUGGAGGCUCCUGAUGAUGUGUUGCUGGAGAGGCGCCAGGGGAAACUGGUGGAUCCAAUAACAGGAGAUGUUUACCAUAAGACUUUCAUAUGGCCAGUUGAAGACACUGUUGCGAUGCGCCUGGAGGGUCAGAGUCAGUCAGAAAGGCAACGAUUGGCUGAGCUGCAGCGCUACCGCUGUGAGGUUACAGGUUUGACCUCAGCCUAUCAGCAUGUGCUGAAGAUCAUCAACAGUGAUCAACCUCAUACUGAUGUCUAUCAACAAGUGUUGGCUUUUGUCCGGACACGUCGUUGCCCCAGAACUCCCAGAAUCCUUCUGUUGGGUCCGCCAGGGUCAGGGAAGAAGCAUCAGGCCAGGCUGCUGUCAGAGAAAUACAGGAUGGUGGAUGUGUGUUGUGGUCAGCUGUUGAGGUCUGUAACAACUGAUGGUUCAACUCUGGGUAAAAACAUUAAACCUUACCUGGAUCAUGGGAGGCCAGUUCCAGACUCCCUGGUUCUGCAGGUUCUGGAGGAACGUCUGGGCCGAGUGGACUGCAGCUGCAGAGGCUGGAUCCUUCAUGGCUUCCCUAGUGACCUGCAACAGGCAAAGAGUCUGCAAGAGUCCCAGCACCAGCCCAACAGAGUUUUCCUCCUGGAUUUGACAGAUGAUGUUUGUCUGGAGAGAAUCACUCUCAGAGCCACAGAUCCAGUCAGUGGAGAGACGUUUCACUCUCUAGUUCGACCAGCUCCGAGCUCUGAGGUCCAGGACAGACUGAAGACCAGACCUGAGGACAGCACAAAUACUGCAACACACACACUGAGACAGUACAGGAUGAACAUUGCUGCAAUACAGACUUUGUUUCCAGAUGUAGUUUAUAUUGAUGCUGAUCAGGAUCCUCACUCUGUGUUUGGUGCUCUGGAGAGCAGGCUGACAACUGACUGACACCUCGAGACACCAGACUCAAGACCAGAAGAAUGAUAACUGCUCUACUUCUUCUCUUAACUUUCCUUCAUCAUUCUUUUUUAAAUAUGUUUUCUUAGAAAAGUAUAAUUUUUCUGUUUUGCAGAUCUUUCUGUUUCUGCUGAGUAAUCUCAGAAGUUUUAAUCCAAUCCAAAUUGCACAUCUCCCUUGCUUACCUCACUUUAAGUGACAUAGAUGCUCUACUUUUAGGGGAAUGCAGGUGUUUUUUAAGUAUAGGUCUGUCCCAAAAUACUUUAUAUUUAUGAGUAGGAUGCUAUUUUCAAAACUAAAAAGAGCCUUUAAAUGGUCCUCAUGUCGAAGUCAUCAGACUCCACGAACAAAUAUGACAAUUUUACCUCGCAGAUUUAUGGGAGUCUCUGGUCUGCUGCUGCCUUGAUCACUUAGUUUGUUUGUGUUGUUUUGUGACCCUGGUGCUUUAAAUAGUAAGUUGGGAUGCAACACACACAAUAAGUAACACAUAAAUAAAAUACAGUUUUAUAAGACAAAACAAUCAAGUAUUCUGUUCUUUGAGGUAACUUUUUUGACCACUGGAGUCUGGUAGUCAGGCCUUUGAAGAGAUACAAUUCUGGUUGAAAAGAAUUGUUUUCUUUAACUCAAAAGGUCUGAGCAGAUUUGCAUCCAACGAUUAUGAUCCAUCCAAUACAGUCUGUUUCAGGUCUGUCAGCUGAAGCACCCAAGAGAAGCUAAUCAAAUACUUUUUGUAUUUAUUCCACAGUCAAACACUAAUAUACAUGGUGCAUUAAAAAUAAGGGCAAGAUUAAAAAAAUUAUCU